AUGCUCCUGACGCUGGCUAGCCUGUUGACAUGGCAGGCCUUUGGCAAUCCGUCCUACAUGAACUGUGACUUUAACUGCCUUGGCGGCUAUACUCCUGGCAGUGCGUUUGGCCAGAUGGGCAUUGCCAACGUGGGUGCGACCAGCGGUGCCACAUGCGCAAUAUCCACGGACAUCCCCGGCACGGGCUUUGUGCAGGGACAAGACUACCAGGUUACAGUCUCGUCCACAACCGCACUUGCCCAAAAGCUGGCAGCCAGCAGCGGCAGCUUUGGUGGCAGCGAGACUGUGGAUGAAAAUUCCAAGGUCACCAGUCACGCCUACACAUGGACCGCCCCUUCCUGUGGCAGUGCGAGCUUCCGUGCCCUUUGUGGCGCUGGUGGGAGCAUCGACGAAAUGUGGUAUGCAGCAGAAGUAUCCAGCACUGAGGCUGCGGGCAUCACAUGCACGACCACCGGCAGCUCCAGUGACGCCACUACCACGCCAGCAGGAAGCGGUCUGGAGUUGACAGCCGGCCUGUCCAUGAGGGCAGAAGUCCUGGAUAGCACCGACAUUCGCAUCGAAGUUACGUCCUCCAUGAACACCUGGAUCGGACUUGGCUUCGCGUCGGGCGACAGUGUGUCGAUGAUCGAUGCCGACGCCUUCGUCUGCAGCGGCGGGGAGGUGUUGCGUUACUGGAUGACUGCAAAGAGCACACCGACUUCCGGCGUGAGCGUGCCGGGCUCCUCCUGCUCAACUGUUUCUGGCCAGGUCACCAUGGAAUUCACGCGGAAGCUUGAGGCUGAUUCGGCCAACGAAGUGGCGAUUACUCCCGGCACAUCGCAGACGAUCAUCUUCGCGCACGGCGAGGAAGGUUCGACGACCAUGUCCUACCACUUCGGGAACCGAGGAGGGCUGAUCAUUGACUUUGCCGAAACCUCGUCGGCGGUGGUUGCGAAGGCGACUGCACCGGCGAGUUUGUGGCUGCACCUCAUUUUUAUGGCCAUUGGGUGGGGAGCUCUUCUACCAUGGGGCGUCGCCUUGGCCAACCGCACCCGCAAUGUCACCGGGGCGCCUCCGGGCAGUUGGUUCAAGCUUCACAAGAGAAUACAGGUGGUUGGCUGGGCAGUACAGCUCGUUGGCUUCUGCAUGGCUGUGUGGUACGUGCAGGCCUUGCAGUUUACGAGCGCGCAUCACGUGAUCGGCUUCGUCGCAGUGGUCCUCGGAACCCUGCAGCCCUUCAAUGCCAUCCUCAGAAAACUCUGCGCCCACCCGCACCCUGGUGAGAGCAAGACCGCUGGCCGCCUCAUCUUCGAAAUCGUCCAUAAAGGCUCUGGUUACAUUGCCACGCUGAUGGGCAUGUUGAACUGUUGGAUCGGUGUCCUCCUCCUCAUCCGAAAUGAGUUCGAGGCGGCAGUGAUUGCUGUUGCCGCCACUCUGGCGGCCAUCGGAACGCUCUCUGUGACGUUCUACUUCAUCUUGUCAUUGAUCCAGAAGGACAACUGCAUCUCAAAAGCUUUGACGGGGGCCAAUUCAUACGGCGACAAGGUCGAGACCAAGAUGGAUGCUUGA